AAAAACAGAAACCCACUCCGAGUUCCAGGUACAUGUGACUGGUUUGUGUCGCACGAGCACUUUCAGACUUGGAACGAGAGCAAUUCGUCUGGCAUGCUUUGGGUUUCUGCAGAUCCCGGAUGCGGAAAAUCGGUCUUAGUAAGACACCUUAUCGACUCUGUUGUCCAGAGUUCCGAUUCCAGAACGGUGUGCUAUUUCUUCUUUAAGGAUGACUUUCCAGAUCAGAAGAACUUAAUUAGCGCUCUUUGCUGCAUCCUUCGUCAGAUAUUUAUACAAAAGCCCAUCUUGUUGUCUGAUGAAAUCCUGAAAAAAUUUAACACUGGAGGAGAAACAUUCAACACUUCAUUCAGUGAUCUUUGGCAAACUUUCAUCCAUAUUGCAGAGGAUGAAAAUGCGGGCGAGAUCGUUUGUCUUCUAGACGCAAUUGACGAGUGCGAGAAUCAAAGUGGCCAGGGAAGAUCUGAGCUUCUCAAGGCACUAUGUACACUAUAUGGAGCCAAACGGAGCUUUAAUCUGAAAUUUCUUCUCACCAGUCGACCUUACGCUGAAAUUCAUCGUGGCCUUCGACCUAUUCAAAUUCCGGGGCUGCCGGUUAUUCACUUGAGUGGAGAAGACGAAAAUGAGGUAAAGAAGAUUUCUCAGGAGAUCAAUAUUUAUAUCUACGCCAGAGUCCAGGAUAUAGGGAAUCGUCUGCAGCUUACACAGAUUGAGUGCAAUCUCCUAUUACAAGAGCUUAUGCGCGUUCCUAAUAGGACCUACUUAUGGGUAUAUCUAACCCUGGAUUUAAUCGAAAAGAGCAUCAGUGUCAACAAAAUGAUGAUAACUGAGGCCACAUCAAGUAUACCUACAACAGUUGAUGAGGCGUAUGAGAGGAUACUUUCUAAGAGCUUCAAUACUAUACAGGCUAAGAAAGUAUUACAAAUCAUUGUCGCAGCAGUACGACCUUUGACUCUCCAGGAGAUGAGCUUUGCACUGUCUCUCAACGAAAACCACCAAUCCUAUGAUGACCUGGGUCUGUUACCUGAUGAUCGUCUUCGCGACGACCUACGAAAUGUGUGCGGCCUUUGUGUCGUGAUAGUUGACUCAAGAGUCUAUCUACUUCAUCAAACCGUGAAGGAAUUCCUCAUUAAUAGGAAUAUCAUACAAUCGCACGAAAAUGGUCAUGACAAUCAUAAAUGGAAGAACUCAUUACUUCCACAAGAGUCUCACCGUGUUCUCGCCGAGAUCUGCAUCAGACACCUUCUCGCAGAACUGACGAUGAUAUCUGACUCUCCACCCUGGCAUACUUGGUGUAACAUCUUUCUCGACUAUUCUGCAAAAAAUUGGGCCGCACAUUUCCUUGAGAGCCCCACCGAAACACAGUUUAUGAUGACUGAAACGAUACUUAAGAUUUGUGAUGUGGAUUCGAGCUGUUACAAGGCGUGGUUUAACGUUUAUUGGACCACCACAGCUACACAUUUUCCCCAGGGAUUUACCACCCUCAUGGUCGCAUCCUAUUUCGGACUUAGCUUUGCAGUUCGGAGACUACUUGAAGUAGAAGAUAUCGAACUGGAUGCGUUGGAUCACACAUACCGACGACUGCUACUUUCUGCUUCAAUGAAGGGGCAUGAAGAAGUGGUGUCGCUCCUACUCAAGACUAAUAGAGCGGAUAUUGAAGCAAAGGAUGUGAAUGGCAAGACUCCUCUAAUAAUCGCUGUUAGCGAACGCCAUCCCGCAAUAGUGAAGUUGCUGCUUAAGGCAGGAGCGAAUCUGAAUACCCAGACAGCAGAUGGCGAAACAGCUUUAAUUCAGGCCUGUUGGUGGGGGCAUAAGGUAAUAGUGAAUAUGCUGCUUGAGGCAGGAGCAAAUCACAAUAUCCAGACAGCAGAUGGCGAGACAGCUCUAAUUCGGGCCAUUUCGAGAGGGCACGAGGCAAUAGAGAUGAUACUGCUUAAAGCAGGAGCGAAAUCUAGAGAUCAGAUGGUAAGACAGUCUGGGUAG